GUCAUCUGGAGGCGGAAGUCGGAUCCGAAUCCACUGACCAUUGGCCGCAGAACGUUUGUGGACGAUGACCGAGUGAGUGUAGAACAUGUCCCAUUGGGACCCGAUUGGCACCUGAUUAUUAAACAGGUACGACUGGACGACGAGGGAGCCUAUGAGUGUCAGAUCAGCUCCACCGAUCGUGACCUCAGACGCUACGUUUAUUUAACAGUCAAACAACUAAUUCCUCCACAAAUCAACAUUACAGGGACGACUUACGUGGAGAAGAACCAGAAGAUUCGUUUAAUCUGUAAUGCCACAGGAGCAGGACAUUCCCCGGACAGUCUAGAUUGGUUCCUUAAUGGUCAGAAGUUGGCCACUGAUGUUGAGAAAAAGAUGCAAGUGUCCCUGAUGGAGAAGACCAUUUCCAGCAUCCUAGAGGUGGAGGAGGCCGACAUGGACGACGCCGGGAUCUAUGUGUGCCGGACAUCUGACCUGCAGAUCGCCUCCACCCGGCUGGAUGUGCUCAACG